AUGCCGCUCACCCAUUUGGACCUGCGCGUAUGUCAUAACCUGGAUACGUUGUUGAUCGCCUCUGACAAACCCACGCUGAAACAUCUCAAUGUCACGAACUCAAUCUGGGACGGAUUCUGCGCGGCCAUCUGGAGAGGAUUUGUCCCUGAAAUAGAGGACCUCGAGCGUGCUCUACCAGCGGGGAAAGAAAGGACGUUACCCAUCACGAGUCUCCAAAUGCGUUGCUAUACUUGGCCUCUUGAGAUCAUCAAACGGCUCUUCUCAUGGCCGGCCCGCCUGGAACGCGCCGACUUGCAUCUGCUGGACGUCGCCCAUGAAGGAAGUACCCCGGACAUUAUCUUGAAGAUCCUCGCCCCACAAGCCUCAUCUCUCAAGGCUAUAUCGAUAGGGUCUCUCCCAACGACUGAAGCGGAGCAUGUUAUGCCGAGCUUUUCCCAGUUCCCUUGCCUCGAAGAGCUCAGCUUAUUCGGCCAGGAUCUCUUCCAGGAGACUCCUGAAAAUGCAGUCCGUCUACUGCAGAGCCCCACCCUCAAACGUCUGACAUUAAUCUGGGAGAUGGGCGGUUUUUAUUUUCACGGAAUCAGGCAGAGUCUCAACGAAGGGCAUAGCUCUUGGCUUAGGGGCUUCCUUGCGCGUUUGAAAAAGUCCGGUACUCUGCCUAGGCUCAAGGUUAUAAGGCUAGAUUAUAAUCAUGGUGAACCGGAGGCUGAUCGCCUAAGGGUACUUGCUGAGCAAUGCGGAAUAUGGAUAGUGUUCUACCAGUGGAAACUCGUGCGUGGUGAAUUUGAGAAAUGGAUACCUGUUAAGGAGGUGGUGGUAGGUAAACGGGAUCUUUGA